UAAAAAUCUCUAUUAUAAAAAUCGACAAAAAUGAAGUCAAAUUCGAAACGAUCCAGAAGUAGUACUUCUUCCAACGCUUCUUUAUCGGAAGACGAGUCUUCAAAGGAUUCUAAAAUUUGUAAACUACACGAAUUUUCACCGCGCGAAAUUGAAAAUUUAAGGCAAUAUUUGUUGAGUUGGUACGACACGAGCAAACGAGAUCUUCCCUGGCGGCGAAUAGGCGCGCAAGAGACGGACAGAAACCGUCGUGGUUAUGCAGUGUGGGUCUCUGAAGUCAUGUUACAGCAAACACAAGUUGCAACCGUUAUAGAGUACUACAAUAAGUGGAUGAAACGAUGGUCAAGUAUGCAAGAGUUAGGCAAGGCCAGUUUGGAAGAAGUGAAUGAAAUGUGGGCUGGGUUAGGAUAUUAUUCCAGGGCAAGGCGACUACACGAGGGGUGUAAAAAGGUUUGUAUAACUUGGUUGUCUUAUAAUGUCUAUAAUCUGUAUUCCAAGUGUGUGCCAGAAAGUGGGUGUUGAGAAUGCAAGUAGUCAGAUAACUGCAUGAAGAAUGGAGCAGUUACCUAUUUUGUCGUUGUGCUUGGAAUGAAGGUGAUGCAGGGGCGUCAGAAGGGGGGACCUAAAUGUCUUUGGCCCCUCCCCCCCCCCACUUUUUAACAAUGGUCAAUAUAUAUAUAUAUAUAUAUAUAUAUAAAAAUUGGGGGCCCAUGCACUCUAUUUACCCCCUGUCUUGAUGUUUGUGAUGACUUCAAAAGCAUCAAGACAGGGGUAUCAUUUCUAUCAUUUUUCCCAAACAGCUAAAAACCACAUGCCUGCAAGACUUAAUAACUAUAAUCUUUAGGUUGUAAAUGAAAUGAAUGGUGAAUUGCCAAGUGAUGCAGUAAGUUUAAAGAAAUCUCUCCCAGGAGUUGGAAGAUACACAGCGGCCGCUAUAGCAUCGAUUGCAUUCAAUGAACCAGUUGGCCUGGUUGAUGGUAAUGUUGUACGAGUCCUGUCCCGCCUUCGAAUUAUUGGCACAGACUCUUCAAGUACUGUUGCUGUGGAGAUGUUUUGGAAAUUAGUUGAUGAAAUUAUAGCCAAGGACCAUCCUGGUGAUUUCAAUCAGGCAAUUAUGGAAUUAGGUGCAACAGUUUGUAUGCCUAAAUCACCUCAUUGCGGCAGCUGUCCUGUUAGAGAAAUUUGUCUUGCUUAUAAACAAGCGAAACACUUUGUUCACAAGAAUGAGAGUGGAAUUAAGAGUUUUUUUGACAGCAGUAGACAGACAGAAGAUCAUCCCACUGAUGCUUUGACAGAUAUUGAAGAAUUAAUAUCCAAUGAUUGUCAGUUAUGCUUGCCAAGAGAUUCAACCUGGAAUGCUGAGCUAGGAGUCUGUAACUAUCCUAGGAAAGCGAAAACAAAGGAAGCUCGACAGGAGACAGUUGCUGUUUGUAUCCUUGAAUGUCACACUGAUGAAGAUACCUUGUUGUUCCUGGCAAAGAGACCAUCAAGUGGACUUCUGGCUGGUCUGUGGGAGUUCCCAAAUUUUGUUGUUGAAACAGAUUCAUCUGACAGUGAUGUCUCCUUGGCGACAAAGGUCAAGGAAUUUAUAAGGGAGGAAUUUGAAAUAACUUUACCUGAGAAUCAAGAUGUAUCGCACCUUGGUCAAGUUGUUCAUCUCUUCUCACAUAUUCAUCACACAUACAUAGUUCACAAGAUUGUCUUGAAUGCUAAGCCAAAGGUGUUAACUGGUGAAUCAGUGAAUGGCAGAAGCACAAAAUGGGUGCUACACUCAGAAUUUCUGGAAAUGGCUGUGUCAACCGGAAUGAAAAAGGUAUAUAGUUUGCAUAAGAAUAAUGGAAAACCAAAGAAGGGCAGUGGCCGUGUUAGGCAAAAGAGAGAAGAGAAGGAUGGCAGUAAAAGACAGAGAGUGUUAGACUCGUUCUUUGUAAAAACCUGAGUUAAGGAUUAGGUCAUUGCAAAAGUGUAUAGCCUAUAGCUAUAGGAAAAACAAUUAAAAAAACACCAGAUUUAAUUUGGCAUUGCCAUUUCACUGAGACACUAUGGAUUCUGAACAGAACAAUUAAACAGUAAUUAUAAUACGCCUAUAAGCACAGAAUAUUUAUUGUGUAAUUUAAGUAAAAUUAGUCAAAUAGGAUGAAAUCAAUUAGAAUUGAAGUAAACCAAAGCUUUAACUUCCAAGCUUGUAGCUAUAGAUUUGCGUAUGACUGAGGAUAUGUAAAUGAAUUAACUAAAGGACUUAUCAGUUAUCGCGUUGGUUUCCGCGCUUACGAAAUGUUGUAAUGUUGUAAAUUGUAAUACUAUACUACUAGACUCAAUGGAUCUGCUAAUGCAUCGUCGUCGAUACGCCAUUUGAUUGGCUAAAAGCUGC